AUGAGUUUUUCGCUUCACUUCCGAACGAAUGAAGCAAGAAAGAAGAUGCUUCAUGGAACGAUGAGGAUGAUCAUUGUAAUUUUAUGUGGAUUCACCUUGAUGAUGGACCAUCCAUUGAAUCAAAUUGUACAGGGUUCUUUGUUUAUGGACCAAUCCGUAUCAUGUGAUAAUAGUAGAAUGUUCAAUGCUCCUGGAAUAAAUGGCAAAACAAUGACACAAUCAUGGCCUCUCCGAAUAUAUUCGGCAUCGGGAACAGUGAAAACAAAUUCGAAAGUAUCAUCACUCCAAACGAUGAAACAUAUGCAUUAUGUGGAUCUCAGCUCGACGAGUGAUCAGAAUCCAAACGAUGAACCAAAUGGAGCAAAUAAUGGAACAAUUGUUGUGGAUAUGCCACAAGGAGGUGUCGCCUUUACUAUCGUUACAAACUUGAGUGUCGGAGCUGUUUUUCUAAUAUUAUUCAUAUUAUUUAGACCUUGCCUCCCUCUCUUCAAUUUGAAAGAAAAGAAAACCCUUUUAAAAAACGUGAAGGAGAAUAUCAGAUCUCGCAACAAUUAUAUCAAUUACAAAGAUAAAGGUGGUGAUAUUUAUCCAACAGUUGAUGAAGAUUUAUUGGAAACAUCAUCCAUUAUUAAUAGAGAAAAACAGGACUCAAAAUUUGCAAUCCUACUAGAUUUUAAAGAUGAAAAUAAUGAAGAUGAUGAGAUGGAGGAGGAUGUUGAAAAAACAAACACAACCAUUGCAACACCAGUCAGUCUUUCAGAGUACAACUUAAUUGGAACCUCAUCUCCCGUAAUUGAGGAUAAUCCUAGAAUUUCCUUAGAGCAUUUGAGCCAAGCAGAAAAACCAUCACAGUCUGCAUCCAAGCCACAAAGAAAAAAUUCCUUUGCUAAAUCUUACCAAACCAAAAUGGAGCAUUUUAAGGCAUCCGCGAUCGAGUUUGGUCGAGAAAAAUGGGAGUUUUUAGUGGAAUUUGUCAAUUUUAGCGUGGACGUACUUCUUUCAUUUGUCUCUAGAAGACACAACCACGAAGAUAUGGAACGCCUCUUGAAUCGAUACUCGAGAGAUGUUGCUGUAUACCUACUCUUUCAAAAAGAAUUCAUCUCUGCCAUGGUAAUCAUUAGCGCUCUUUGUGCAAUAGUACUACUUCCCAUCCAUCUGACCCAACAAACAGAUAUUGAAAACAAAAAUUUUGAUUUUAAUGGAUUUAAUGUUGCUCCAAGCGACUAUCCUUUGCUUAGAACAACCAUAUCAACCGUGUUGGACAGUCCAUUCUUGCUUUUGAUUCACGUGUUUCUCUCGUUUGUGGUGUCCUUCGUAUUUGGCUUAUUUUUAUUCAGGUUCACGAGACAUGAUAUUGUUACAACUGAACACUAUGGAUCUAAGAAUGAGGCAUCACACACAGCAGUAAUUAGCUCACAUAGCGUGCUUGUUCAGGAUUUGCCUAGUGAUUUUAACAGCGAACCUCAAUUUGAGAAAAUGGUCAGAGAGGAGUUAUGUCCUGGCCUAAAUGUUGUGAAAGCAGUGUUAAUUUAUGAUGUGUAUGAUAGAAUUCAAAUGCAAAAUGAUUAUCAAGACAUUUGUGAUCAAUUAGAACAUAAUGAAUUCCUGCAAGAUCUUCACAUUGCUCACAAGAGAACGUUUUGGAGAUACAUUUAUCGUGACCGAACCAGAAAAAUUGAAACAUUGAGGAAAAGGAAACGAGAAUUGCGACUUGACAUGCAACAUUGGGAUGCAAUUUAUCAUCGGGUUAAAAACGAUGAAUAUGGAGCUGAACACGACAUUGUUCCAUGUUUAAAAUAUGGUUUUAUAGUUUUUGAAUCGACAAAGGAUGCCCAAACAUGCAUUGAUAAUUAUUAUAAGCGUGGAGACAUCAAGAUGCCAAUUAGGGCCUCAACUAUUUCUGACUUGGAUGAGAGUGGAGAUGUAGUCAACAUUUCUACCAUUAGAACCAUAUCAUUCCAGAUCAAACAAGCCUACGAGCCAAAUGACAUCAACUGGGAAAAUAUGCUGACAUAUACAGGAUUUUGGGAUGGGCUGAGAAAUUUCUUGAUGCAAUUUGUGGUCAUUUUAAUAUUCAUUUUCUUGACCACACCUAUGGCAUUGUUCUCCUCAUUGGAAUCAUUGACACGUAUACCUAUUGUGCACAUUUCUCUAUUCAAGUUUAAAGAGAGCGCUGGAGAGUUUGGAUCCGUCAUUUUCCAAUACACACCGACACUUGCUCUCCAUCUUUUCUCCAUUUUCCUUCCUUAUGGUAUCUGGUAUGCUCAAGACUUUUCAAAAUUUAGGUCCAAAUCAAGAUACAUGAGAAAACUCAUUUCUAGAUUAUUCAUCUAUCUGGUUCUUUCUACCUUGAUCAUGCCAAUGCUUUCUUUGACGAGUUUUGAUGCCUUUAUCAAUCUUGUGCAACAACAAGGAAAUAUUUCAGAAAUGCUCAGCAAUAUGUUUCUUCCUGGUGCUGGAUCCUAUUUCUUUAACUUUGUCCUUCAAACAGCCAUUUUGAAAAAUUGUGAAGAUAUUUUGAGAGUUUAUAAUUUAAUUUAUUACUUGUGGGGAACCAGAUAUCUCCCUAAAUGUAGUCCCCUUCAAAAAUUGAAAGCAUGUGAACUUUCUCUCUUCUACUUUGAAUAUGAGUAUCCAUUCAUGCUUUCAAUUCUUGCAAUUUGCAUCACAAACUCAUUAUUUUCUCCAUUGAUUUUAUUCUGCUGUUUGCUUUAUCUCUUUUUCAAACAUUUGGUAGAUCGAUAUGUCAUUAUGUAUAUUUAUGGACACGUUGCAGAGGGAGCUUGUCAAGGAGUACUCACUAACAAUUUUAAAUCUCACAGAAAAUUAAUUUCGCUUUUGUGUUCUCUAGUGAUGUCAAUUAUGGCCAUCUAUCACGGAAGCAUGACUUUAUUUUUUGGAAUUAGAAUCAAAGCCAACGCCUGGUUCAUUUCACACACAGUACUGAGUGGAAUUGCAUUUACAGGAAUUAUGGUGGUGUGGUUUACUUAUUUUACCAAAAACACAACUGCAAAGGAUUUCAUUCGACAACGAAUAUUCAAACCCAUCCGAAAUAUUUUCUUGACAGGAUCCAUCACAUCCAAUACGAAUGGCUCUCUCAAUGAAGAUCAAGAAAUUAGAGCUAGACCUGGCGAGCCACACUAUUACAAUUCCUAUGGUAGUGAUCACAAUUCUAAGGUUUCCUUUUCGACACUUACGAAACCAAACGACGAAUUACUCGAACAAAUGAAGCGAGCUUACGAACCUCCUUUCAAAUAUUUCAUCAAUGAAUUGGAGGCUGACAGGCAACAAGUCAUUUGA